AUGAUUUGUGAGUCUGACCCUCUGAGUUCAAGUCUCGCCCCCCAGUUUAAUCGUCCCGAUGCCGAUGUCAUCUUGCGGUCGUCGGAUGGGAUCCGCUUCCACGUCCAUCGCCUCGUCCUCGUGAUGGCUUCGCCUUUCUUCGAGGAUAUGUUUCAUUUGCCAGUUCCUCACAAUGAAAACCAGUCAGAUCGGCCGAUUAUCGAUGUAUCCGAAGACAGGGCUACACUCGACAUACUCCUCCGGGUUAUUUAUCCCGUCGCCGAUCUACUCGUAACCACGGUAGACCAGGCGCGUCCUGUCCUGGAGGCGGCGCUGAAGUAUGACAUGAUUGCUGUCAAACAAUUCGCGAUGCGGAUGUUAGAGACCUUUCUUCCAGCGGAGCCUCUGCGCGUGUAUGCCAUCGCCGCGCGACAUGGAUUGGUUCACCUGGCAAAGGCGGCUGCGAUGGAGGCGGUGCGGCAAAAUACCGUUCCAGGUGUCUAUGUCCCCGAAUUCGAGAACUUGCCCGCGGGCUGCUAUCACCGACUUUUGCAAUACCAGCUGCGGUCCACCGAUCUUACUACGUUUGACUUCUGUCGCCCUGAGAGUAACGCCACUCCUGCAGGGCCUUCGGGCGAGGUUGAUUUCACGGAGCGCGACGCCCCAUCCCCAUUCGACGCGCUCGACGCCGAUGUUGUGAUGGUGGCCAUUGACAAUAUGCGCUUCCACGUCUAUGGGAAAGUUAUUGCACUCGCGUCGCCUGUCUGGAGAGACUUAAUUCAGAAAGAGUCUUUGGAAAAUUCCCUCGAUGACGACGCUCGCGCCGAACGUACGCCAAUUGUGAUCCAGAUGAGCGAGCACAGCGAUAUUCUGUGGAUGUUGUUGCAGCUCGUCUACCCUUCGGGCACUGCAGCUCCAAAUGAUCCAUCCAUAUUACCCUCUUUAUACGACGCCGCCGAGAAAUACCAGAUAGAACGCGCGUCCCACUUUUGUCUCCGGGAAUGGGCGACGUUCGCGGCGCUCGAUCCUCUUAGUUCCUACUUACAUGCGUCUUCCCGCGGAUUGAAGGAGCAGGCCAUACAUUCAGCCAGAAGCCUCUUGUCCCGCACAUAUCACGAUUUGGUGAAAAUAUACGUGGGGACACUUGAGGCAGUUCCGACGGGCCCCUACUAUCGCCUGCUGCAGUUUCACAUAAAGUGCAGCCAGGCAGCUAUAGUGUUCCUUGGCGGCCAGAAGUAUAGAGAAUUGGAAGCUUCAUCCAGCUUUGACGUUGUGAAAUGCAGUGACUCAUGCAGCUAUUCGUAUAACAAACAGACCCCCAAAUGGUAUUCUCCAUAUGUGAACCGAGCUAGAUACAUCUUGGAAAUACGGCCGUCUGUACCGGCAUUCCGUCUGGAAACGUUCGAACUCGUAGUGAAGGAGAUGAAAUGUCUUUCCUGCAUGAUGCGUAUAAAAGAGGUUCUCGCGUUCUGCUCAGCAUUCGAGGAUGCGGUGGAUAAAGUCAUUUCAGAGGUUAGCACAGAUAUUUUGUUCAAUUAA